CUCAGAGUGACAGUAAGAAACACAGUCCUCUACUGAAGACACGCAGCACUGAAGUGAUUGAUAAGGAUGAAGGGGCUUCUGCUCCUGUGUCUGCUCUUCUUCUGUGGAGGUCAAAGGUCAUCUGCCUGCCCUCACGGUUGCUCCUGUAGUGGCAGUCAGGUGGACUGCAGCGGCAGGUCUUUCACCUCCUCCUCGCUCCCCACCGGCUUCCCUGCUGGUACCACCGACCUUCGUCUCCAUAACAACCUGCUGACCCUCCUCCCUAACGGGCUGCUGGAUGACCUCACCUCCCUCCAGUCGGUCUCCCUCCAUGGGAACCCGUGGGUGUGUGACUGCGGGGUCCUCUACCUGCGGGCCUGGCUGCUGCGUCAGCCCGCCAGCCAAGCAUCACACCUGGGCGUCAACUGCACCUCCCCUCCCAACCUGAGAGGGAGGCUGGUGGUGUAUUUAUCCGAGGAGGAGGUCCUGGACUCCUGCUACUACUGGUACUGUGACCUGGCUUUGGCCUCACAGGUGUGCAUGUUUAUAUUUGUGCUGGUGCAGGCGGCUCUGCUGGUGGCCAUCGUCAUGUUCAUGAGGAAGUUUGAGAGGAUGUCCAAGGAGGCGAGGAGGACCUCAGAGGAGAGCUUCACGGCCGGGGAGGAUCAGAGGGACAACAAGUACAUGCCUAUAAAGGAAAGCAGCAUCUGACUCUGAGCUGUGUUUGUGUGAUAGUUAUAAAGAGUAACAAACCUGAAUAAAACAAAAUCAGAAACAGGGUUAUUGCACAUAAAAGAAAUUAGUCUUGAUGUUUUGCUGCACAACAAUCAAAAAUACAAUGUUAGAGAAAAUACAAGUAACACCAAAGUCAGGUGACUAUAAAUUAUAUAAAUAUACAGAUGCAUAUGCAGAUGCUUCCACACAGGGCAGCAGGGUCUCUUAAUGGUUUGAUGAGUGUGAAAAUGAUGUGAAUAAUCUGCUGUGUCACCAGAUUAUGGCAGUUUAUAAAAGUUCAACACCUUAAUACACUUUAUGUUGAUUUUGUUUCUCACACAUCUGUAUAUAAUUUAUAUUCCACUAGAGAACAGACUAAAUACAAAUAAAGGCACUAUUGCUCGACCAACAUUUAUAUUUAAGAGGGAAAAAUCCAAUACCAAUAUGCUGCAUUAUAACAAACAUUUUGAUAAGAAUCCUUUCAAUUUGAUUAAUAAAACAAUAGAAGCUGUUUAAAGAGAACUUAAAUGUAUCUUUGGCAUUUUGGCACCAAUAAUGGCACUAAUGACGCUGAUACUACUGAGUGUGAAAGUGUGAAAGAUGUAUUGAUCAGGCUGGACUCUGCUGCACACUUGCUCCCAAUUAGUGAACAUACCAGCUGUGUUAUAUUAAAUAAUGGUGCAACAUAUCGAUCACAUGAAGUCAUUUUUCUUUGUAAAGUUUGACGUUUCAACAACACAAAAUAACUUACUGAAUGUAUAAAAACUUCCAAAUGCCUCUUUAGUGGCUGUGAGACAUUAAUUUACCCGAGGAAUGAAUGGGAAAUGGUUAAAGCUGUUUUAAAAAAAAAUGUUUUAACCACAACUGUAUGUGUUCCUGUAUGUGCAAAAAUGUAUUUUAACAAUUAUUUCAGAUGUAGAAAGUUUGUCAUUCAAUAACAUUUUGUGCAAGUUGUUCGUCUACAAAAAAUACACAUUAUUCUGUACAUUAUAUUUUGUUGGUCUCAUACAGAGUUGUCUUUAGACUGUAUUUUGAGCUU